GAUUUGUGUUUCUUACCAGUAUAUUUUACCAGUGGGAGACUUUGUACAAAAGUCGUUUGCUUGGACACCUCUGUUCCAUUCGUGUUUCUACCGUGAAGCAGUUGUGUUUGCAUGGCUGUGUUUCAGUUUGAAGGGUGGGAUAUGGCAGUGAAUUUACAGGGUACAGAGGAAUAACACCUGAGUCCUCAAAAAUAGCAACGCAUGGGGGGUAUCAUGAGCGAAACAAUGUACUCUGUUACGUCCAUGGUACUGCUCAUGUCUUUAGGCGACGCGACUGUUACCACUUUCCAUCAGACUGAAAUGGGGUGCACGAAAGUUCUUAAUUAGAACAAGUUGAAGAUCUGUUUAAUAGAAAACUCUGUGUUGAUUAUUGUCAUAUUAAUGAAUCGAAAGUCUAGUCGAAAUUAAUUUAUCUAACACCGAGAUGGAGUCGAAAGAAAACGAAACGUUACAGAAACGAGAUGACGAGAGGGACUUAGAAAUGGUGGACGUCCAAAAGACAAAUGGAUCUGUUAACAGUCCGAUACCACAUCUAGAAGAUUUGGAACACGAGUCCUGUAGUUGGUUGCACACUGCAUUCACUAAACCAAGGGAGGAUAUGGCUACAUUCUUAAAAAAACACCAACAAGGGAUAAAUAUAUUGUUCAUUAUUUUGAUCAACGUUUUAGUAAUUGGUUUCUUUAUAGCGUGCUGGAUUUAUUGGGCAAAUAAUGGGAAGGCUGCGCCAUUAGAGCUGUGUCACGGAUUUGGCAGUUUAAUAGCAUUUCUGUCCAUAGUAUAUUUCUUCAUAAUAUAUUUUAAAAUAAUAAAGAAAUUCUUUGCGAAAUGGUUCGAGAGGAUUAUAUGGACAAGGGUGGAGUCAUGCGCAGGAUAUUUAUGGAAAAUCGUGCUAUUCAAAUAUUGUAUUAUUCUGGCAAUAUUGGCUGCCAUAGCACUUUUCCUGUACUUCGACACAAAGGACACUCCUGAGAGGCUCAUCUCACUUCUGGGUCUCUUUCUACUGCUGUUUCUGGGGUUCGUGUUCUCCGCGUAUCCAGGGCGUGUGAACUGGCGUACGGUUUCCGUGGGUCUCACGCUGCAGUUCGUCUUUGGGCUUAUAUUCAUCAGGUGGGACCAUGGCAGGAUCGCCCUACAGUGUUUCUCCGAUAAGGUGGCGACGUUCCUGUUGUACGGUGUAGAUGGAGCAGCAUUCGUGUUUGGAGACCACCUUGUUAGGGUCGAGAAUGCCUUCGCUUUUAGUGUUUUGCCAGUGAUAUUCUUCUUCAGUAUGCUGGUGGAAGUUCUCUUCUACUGGGGAGCUCUCCAGUGGUUCUGUGUCAAGCUGGGACAGGUCCUGAAGUCUGCCACCUCCAUUACUGUAUGUGAGAGUGUAAUCGCAGUUGGAAACGUAUUUUUGGGCAAUACAGAAUCAGCGCUGCUAAUCAAGCCAUAUCUACCUCUGCUCACCCCGUCCGAGAUGCACGUCGUGAUGGCGUCUGGAUUCGCCACAGUAUCUGGUACGAUCCUGGCUGCGUACAUCAACUUCGGUGCAGAACCAGCCCAUUUAGUCACAGCCAGUGUCAUGUCGGCCCCCGCUGCCAUCUGCUUCUGCAAACUAAUGAUGCCGGAAACCAAGAGGUCGCUUACUGCUGUCGAAAAUAUACAGCCAGUCACUAGUCAAGAUGAAUCGGCUCUCUCAGCUGCAACUCGUGGAGCGACUAAUGGCAUAGCUUUGGUUCUGAACAUCAUAGCUAAUCUGGUGGCCUUCAUUGCUUUCAUUGCGUUUGUCAAUGGUAUAUUAGGGUAUUGCGGUAACUUACUAGGCCACGAGGAUCUUAAUCUGGAGUGGAUCUUUGGGAAGGUCUUCAUUCCAUUGUGUUGGGUAAUGGGUGUCCCAUGGGAGGAGUGUCAACAUGUGGCCACUCUGAUAGGACUGAAGACGGUUAUCAACGAAUUCGUGGCGUAUCAGAAAAUGGGCGAGAUGAAAGCUGCUGGAUUGCUUUCGGCCCGCUCUGAGCUGAUCGCCACGUAUUCGCUGUGCGGCUUCACGAAUCCAUCGUCGGCCGCCAUUAUGAUCGGCGCCAUAUCUUCAAUGGCCCCUAAUCAGAGGGAAACAUUAUCUAGUUUGGCAGUGCGCGCGUUCUUUGCUGGAUGUGGCAUUUGUUUUAUGACGGCUUGCAUAGCUGCUAUCCUGAUGCCAGAAGGAUCUUUUUAAACAGUGGUAUUACUUAAACUUUAAUUAGUAUUUAGUACAUAAAAAAAUAGUAAAAUCAAAUAUGUAGGUACUGCUUACCUGUAUAUGUAAUCACGUCACGUUUAGGAGGUUGGUCACUUAACAAAAUUAAACAUUGAAAUACUAGAUGACGCUAGAAUCGAGACUUGUAUAUUUUGUUGAUUAUGGUAUUUGAAAUUAAAGAUUGUCGUAAUUGGAGACAAAAUUUCUAAAUUGGCGAAUUUUACCGGUAUAGUAAUAAGUUAUCAUAAUUUUUGCCUUUAUUUUCUUGUAUUGUAUAACUUUAAAAAAAAAUAUACACACUAGCAAGAAAUAUUCCGAUUGUGUGGGUUAUAAUUCAUUCAGGAAAAGAUUGUGUAUUAUCUGUCACUUCACAUUUAUACAUAAUAAUAAAAAUCACUCGUCAAUUAAGAAAUUUUACUUCGAAUUAUCUUUCAUUACAAUAUAAUCAACAAAACCUACAAGUUUUGAUACCGCGCCAUCUAGUUCUUUUUAAUUUUGUGUGACCAAUCAUCUUAAAUCCUGACCUGAAUUCAAAAUUAGUAUUUAAAUAAGUAUGACUGCUGUUUUAGUAUACUUGAGACCUAUAAAAUCAAAGACAGCUAAGCUCCAAGUCUGUCAAAUGUUCUAAUAUAUUGUCAAAGAUAUGGAACGAUAUUCUAUAUAUUAAACCAGGAUGAAAAAUAUUAAAAUAUUAGUAAUAAUAUGAAUUUUAAUUAAUAGAACUCCCUUUAUAUUUGAGUACAGAGUAAAAAUUUAAUUAAUUUUAUGGUAUUUAGCUGCCUUUGAUUUUGUAGGCCUCAUUUAGAGAGUAUACUUUGAACAUUGUAGUGCUGGAGAAGGAUGGAGAAAAUUAAUUGGAAAGAUCGAAUUAGUAAUGAAGAGGUACUGCUUAGAGUUAAGGAAAAGAGACAAAUUAUAAGACCUAUUGAGGUCAGAAGGGAGAAAAUGUUAGAACACUUGAUACAACACGACAGACUUAUGAACAUUAUAACAGAAGGUAAAAUAGAAACACCAGGUAGAUCAAGGAAGGAGUUGGUGUCGUGUCGUAUCAAGAGGUGAAGAGGCUCGUUGAGAAUCGUAGUGAGUGGCAAGAGCUCCACCGACAAGAGUGCAGCUCUUAAAUAGAAAAUUAAAAUGAAUUGUAAACAAUUAAUGUAUUAAGAUAGAAUAAUAGAAUGAUAAAUAUACAUUGGUGUAUAUUGUGUAUAUAUAUAUAUAUAUAUAUAUAUAUAUAUAUAUAUAUAUAUAUAUAUAUAUAUAUAUAUAUAUAUAUACAUACAUACAUAUAAUAUACAUAUAUGUACAGCGAAGCACCAGUGGUAUAUGAAGGCAGGCCAGUUGGCCUGUUUCAUAGGUCAUAUUGCUAUAUAUGGUUGCUAAACCCUAUUAGUAGUAAAGGAGUUAUUUUAAAGGAUUAGAAAACAAAGUGUCAAUUUUACCUCAAUACGUAAAAUAGUAUAAACAAUACAGUUUCUUUGAUCCAUUUCUUUUUGAAUAGUAAAAAAUCGAAGAGCACAUCAAAACACGACUAACCUUUUUUAACUGUCAAAAACAAACUGACAAUCCAAAAUGGCUGAUAUUGCCAACAUAUAUAACAGACAUGUGUACCAACAUAACAGAAAAAAAAAUGCGAAAAUCGAACAUACGUAUCUCACGAAAUUUGAAAAUAACGGUUUUUUCAGACCUCGUACAUAAAAUACUUAUGAAUGUAAAAUUGCAAACGUGGCAACUACUGGAAAAAUUCCCCUGAUGGUUAACGGCCAUAAGGUAUGAUCUCGUCUCCUAUGGCAGUCUCCAUAGACUGCCAUAAAGAACGGGAUAAGGAGGUUACUCCUCCUUAUCCCGUAUAGACUCCUUACAUAGACUCCCCCAUGGGAGGCCUGUGUUCAGCAGUGAACAGGUAAUGACUGAAAUGAUGGUGAUGAUGACGUAAUUGAUUUUGUAUAUAAAAACUCGUGUAAAUAUUUUAUAUAAUGUAUUUAUAAAAUGUAUUUAUAUAAUAUUUUAGCUUUAAGUGUUGUAAAAAAUGUUUUAAUGUAUUUACUCGUAAAAUAUGUAAAAUAUAUUUUUUAAGUGCCAAAUUUUGUAUUAAAUUAUUUUAUUAUAUAAAUAAUUAUCUGUUUAAAAGAA